GAUGAGCAUCGGACAGCCUUCCUCCACGAUUGCUCUUCUCCCUCACCAAAGCAUCCGGUCACCGCCAUCUUCGUCAAGCAUCAAUUGUGAAUCGCAAUUCGCGCGUUUCAAGAAUUGCACCUCGCCACCAAGCCUCUCACUCGACUGACGCACAUCGAGGCCACAUUGUGAUUGCGCCCAAAACCAAGCCCUGCCCGACAAGCAUCACUCGCCAGCUUAGCAACGCGUAAACGCUCAAGAACUCCUCCAGCAGCCUCCUUUGGUCGCUGCCUGCUUCUCGUCAUCCGCAACCGCAACCCUGUUGCUGCUCCCCACUUCCGCUUCCUUCAAUGUCAACUGACGAUCCUGAUAAUAGAGCCUUACCUUCAAGUCACCGCUCACCGCCUUCCAACAUCACAGCUUUUCUGAGCUCCGUCUCUCCCCGCCCGGCAUACAAACCUUGCUCUCUCCCUUCAUCCAAGGUUCAGGCUCUUCCUCCGCUCGAUCGUAUUCCCGACCCCCCACCUCUACCGCUUCCACUCUGCCCGCCCUAGCAUCGCCAAGCGACCCGAUUUCCUCAUCCAUUUAAUAGACUCGGCUUCUCUGGAUUUGACCAUCAGCGUGCCAUCAGACAAAUGACAUCACUGGCGCACUCGCCCGGCUCGCCUUUUGACCAACAUCUUAGCACAAGUACGCCAAAAGCAGUGGCUCAGUCUGCAACACUGCAAAU